AUGGCUGGGCGCCGCGUUGCUCGCAAGAGCUGUGAGUCACCCGUCCCCAUGGAGAUGGACCCACUCUUUGACAUGGACGUGCUGAUGUCAGAGUUUUCUGACACACUCUUCUCCACGCUGGCCUCCCACCAGCCCAUGGCCUGGCCCAAUCCCAGGGAAAUAGGUGAGGGCCUGCCACCAACAUCCCAUUCCAUACACCAGGGCUUAUCAACUAUAUUCUUACAGGGGCCAGAUUUGAUAUGAAUGAUAUUUACAGUGGGGAAAUAACACAUUUAUUUAGAAAAGAAGUCCGUUUUUCAAUCAUGUCAAUAACUGUUUUAUGCCUCCCCUGUAGUCCCAAAUUAAGUCAAUUUAAUUGAUUUGAAGAUGUCACUAACUCCCUAGUCCUUGCCGAUGACAAGCAUACCCAUAACAUGAUGCAGCCACCACCAUUCUUGAAAAUAUGAAGAGUGGUACUCAGUGAUGUGCUGUGUUGGAUUUGCCCCAAACAUAACACUUGUAUUCAGGACAAAGAUGUAAUUUCUUUGCCACAUUUUUUUGCAGUAUUACUUUAGUGCCUUAUUGCAAACAGGAUGCAUGUUUUGGAAUAUUUGUAUUCUGUACAGGCAUCCUUCUUUUCACUCUGUCAUUUAUGAUAGUAUUGUGGAAUAACUACAAUGUUGUUGAUCCAUCCUCAGUAAUCUCCUAUUACAGCCAUUAAACUCUGUAACUGUUUUAAUCUUUGUAGUGACUGGGUGUAUUGAUACACCAUCCAAAGUGUUAAAUUAAUAACUGCACUAUGCUCAAAGGGAUAUUCAAUGUCUGUUUUUUUUACCCAUCUACCAAUAGGUGUCCUUCUUUGCGAGGCAUUGGAAAACCUCCCUGGUCUUUGUUGUUGAAUCUGUAUUUGAAAUUCACUGCUUGAAUGAGGGACCUUACAGAUAAUUGUGUGUGGGGUAGUCAUUUAAAAAUCAUGUUAAACACAAUUAUUGCACACAGAGUCCAUGCAAUUUAUUGUUAUAUAUAUAUAUAUAUAUAUAUAUAAAAAAAAAAAAAAAUUACCAGGGAAGUUGACUGAGAACACAUUCUCAUUUAAAGCAACGACCUGGGGAAUAGUUACAGGGGAGAGGAGAUGAAUGAGCCAAUUGGAAGCUGGGGAUGAUUAGGUGGUCAGAUUGGGAAUUUAGCCAAGACACCGGGGUUAACACCCCUACUCUUACGAUAAGUGCCAUGGGAUCUUUAGUUACCACAGAGAUUCAGGACAGCUGUUUAACAUCCCAACCGAGAGAUGGCACCCUAAACAGGGCAAUGUCCCCAAUUGCUGCCCUGGGAUAUUUUUUUUAACCAGAGGAGAGUGCCUCCUACUGGCCCUCCAAUACCACUUCCAGCAGCAUCUGGUCUCCCAUCCAGGGACCGACCAGAACCAACCCUGCUUAUCUUCAGUGGCAAGGCAGCAGUGGGAUGCAGGGUGGUAUGCUGCUGGCCUACAGGGUGGCUAAGCACAUUUUUACUCCUGAACCUAUUUAGGCUUGUCAUGACAAAAUGAUGGAAUUUUAUUAAUUUGUAAACAUUUCUAAAAACAUAAUUCAACUUUGACAUUAUGGGGUAUUGUGUGUAAAUCAUUGACACAAAAUCAAAAUGUUAUCCAUUUAAAAUGUAGUCUGUAACACAACAAAAUGUGGAAAAAGUCAAGGGGUGUGAAUACUUUCUGAAGGCACUGUAUGUGUUGGCUUUCUUGUGGCGGCAAUCGCUGAGAAAAGCAACUCUCCUCCCUAAGCUCACAUAGGCUGCUCAGCCAUUAUUACCCUUGCUUAGUCACCGAACAUCUUUAUGUAAAAGUAGAUCAUGAUGCUCAGCAGACUACGAAACAAGCGAUGUUGCAGGCUAGAUGUUGAUCGGAUAAAGUUUAUGAUAGCCAUAACUGAGUCCGUGAUGUUUUUUAACUCAAAUCGCGCGCUGCUGUAUCAGGCAGUGUAGUGAUCUCAUCUGCAGUGAAAGCGCCAAUAGGCGGGCAGACAGACCCUGUACCCCUGUUAGCAGCUCUGAUUGGCUGUAACUCGUAUGUUGGGUGAUAUUGAUUGACGGCACUUAAUGGGUGGGACUACAGGAAAACAUAUUCUCCCAUUGGAGAAUAUUGAACGAGGGCUCCUUUUGGCACUAAACAUUGGAUUUUGCGGGGAUUUUUUAGCUGUUCUUUUUAUUAAUGUUCAGAAUUGAUCAAAGGGCCAUUCUAAAUUGAUACAGGGGCCAGAUCUGGCCCGCGGGCCGCCAGUUGAAUAGCCCUGCCGUACACCAAGCCUGUUUCUAUUCACUCAGAUCCACCCAAGCCUUUCCCCAAUCAGAUCUAUAGGAAAAGUCUGUUUGUUUUUCACACCCCAUCCAUGUUCCCCAUAGCUCAUGCAGGGAACGCAGACAUGAUCCAGCCUGGACUCAUCCCCCUACAGCCCAACCUGGACUUUAUGGACUCCUAUGAGCAAUUACAAGGUAAUGACAAUGCACUCUGCCACAGCGACAAACUCUAAAAUAAUGUCACUUGCACAGUGCACAAACUCUUUAACAGCACCCUGGAGCACCAUGUUACUCUCAUAUGGGAAGUGUAAUACAGCAGGUGACAUAUCCUAACACUUAUGAGGGUAGAGUGGAUGUUAUACUAAUUCUAACUAACCUAGAGACUCUUCUUCCAGACUUAUUUCACAGCCUCCGUCAGCCCAUCUUCCCCUCUGCUUCCCUCACUACCUCAUCCGCCACUCCUCUACCCAGCAGCAGCUCUCAAUCCCAGGUAAACCCCAACCGUAGGCCCGGUCCCUGUGAACCUCAACCCUAACACACCCACAGACCUAACACACUCCUGCCUUUUAUUCUUAGAUGUUUUCACAACAUCUUACUAGCUGAUAACAUUAUAAAUGUGCUAUCUUUGCUCUUGUCCUUGUGACUUGAUAGGGCCAGCUACUCUCCUCCAUGCACCUCUCAGCUGACCUCCCGUCCGUCAGUCCUGACCACAGACUCAUCGCCUCCCCAGCCCCCCUGACUAUCUCCUCCCCCAUGUCAAAUCAAACCAGUGGGACCAGUGGAAGCCCCUCUUACGUACAGAACUACAUGCCUCUGUUCUCUGGGCCGGUGCCCCCUAGUACUCAGGCUGGAGGCUCCUCCUUCAUGCAACCCUCAGCCCUUCCCACGGUGCGGCACACCCAGCCCUGCCAGGGUGCUGCCACGGCAACACCAGUAGCCCCCCCACCCCUGGAUGAUGCCACAAGCCUGGACGGUUCCACACCCUUAUCUAUCAUCACACAAACAGCCUCCUCCACUGUUAUACCCAGUGAUGCUGCCACCACCUUCAGUCACAGGUCUAACUUCAGCUCCCUAACCCGGGUACCUCCACCACCACCCCUCCAGCCUCUGGCACCCUCACCUGCCGCCACCCCCCAACACCCACAGACCUUCACCCUGCCCAGACCCAUCCAGCCCUCUUGCUCCAACAAAAAGACACGCCGUGUGCAAAGGAUUGUUCCUGCCAUCUCAUCUCACCUCAUCCUAACAGGUGAGUUAAUCACAUCCCAAAAGGUUUAACUGUAGCUGAAUAUGAAUGGUGUAUUGAUUUAAUAUCAAAUGUAAUAUUGAAUUAAUACAUGCCUAGCCGGUGCUACCCAGAAAAAAACUACCACAUUAGAAACAAUAGUAUUUAUUGAGGUGUGGGGAUUACUGCUCCACAGUGUGAUCUCACCACAAGGUGGUGCUACCGUCUAUCAUUAUAUAGUCAGUUACUAUUGUAAUGAAAAACUAAAUGAAAACUAGUCAAUGUUUGCAGGCGAAUCAGCCUAAAUGAUCCUAGCAAAGAUCAUCAGUGACAUCCAAGCUCAAUAUUCGACAUUAAAUACAUGAAAGAAUCAGCAUUUACCCUGUGGUUUUAAUGUCAAAGGCCCUGACUGAUGAUGUUUUGCUGUCUCAGCACCCUUCCCAGGGCAUACCAGUGCAGUGAUUGUUACUCCAACCCCCCUGAAAGCAGACGUGGUUCCCUCAACUGGCGUGGUCAUCGGCUCCUCCAGCCUAUCAAGGGUAAGACCCGGUGUGCUCUGAAGCACCCCCUUUGCUUUCAACUGUUUUAUUUAAGAUCGUUUUCAUUUAAUUUGUGUUUUAUUUCUUUCCAUCCCUCUAUCUCAGGCUCCUGGAAUUCAUAUCCUUCCGAAGUCUCCCCAGCUCAUUAUCCCUAAAGAGGAGACCUACUCUUCCAGCCGCAAGAAACAAAAACCCUCCACAAGUACUGGUGAGAGUGACAUACGCCAGGCCCUUACUUUUUUUGUUAUAUGCAUGUACACUAAGCUCAGUCAAGUGUCAGAGGGUGUUUUCCUCCUGUCAAACCUAAGCUAUCAAUCUAUUAGCUCUAUGUGUGCAUACAGGAUGUGGCAUGGUAACACAUUCAUACACAUUGUUUUGGAAUGUUUACAGUACUGUUCUGCUUUCCAUAAAAUUAUUGAAUUGUCUUUAAUGUGAGUUGGUGCUCACUGGUGUAGCAGGGUGUAGCAGUCUUUGUUAUGAUGGUUUUUGGUAAGUGUGGAUCAUCUGUGUCACCCAGGGCAUGAGGGGCGUGGCUCAGGUCAGGGGUCACCGUGUGGGUCAGAGCAGGUCUCCAGUCCUCAGUUUCCCCUCAGCAGCAGCACAGCCCUUUCCAAGAAUGAGUCCAACCAGGUAACAGCAGCCCACCCUCCUGCCUACUACUCUCUCUCUGUCUGUGACUGUGACUGUGUCUGUGUAUAACUACAGCUUUUUCAAGCUGGUCCAGUGUUGUGUGCCUGCCGUUGAAGCAUUGCAGACUCUGAUCAUUCUAAUUAUGUGUGUGUCUGUUCUCUCCCUGUCUGUUCCAGAGCCGUAGGGUGACCCAUAUCACUGCUGAACAGAAGAGGCGCUUUAACAUCAACAUCGGCUUCAAAACGCUGUGCAGCCUGGUUCCCACUCUCAAGUCCCAGUCCAAUGUAAAGCCAUGUCUGUCUGUCAUCUGUCUACUGAGUCCUCAUACUAAUAGCUUUUGGUGGCUUUUAUUUAAAGAUCAGUUCAGAAGCAUAGUGUAUGCACAUCCAGUUAUGUUCAGGUACAAAUAUAGUAUCCAUUUCAUACACAUACCAAAAUCCCACAAAUUUACCAUGCCUGCUUUUUUAUACCAGAUUUUUCGUAUAUAUGAAAGGGGUAGGGGGUAAAAAAAACAUGGUAAAUUAAAAGCACUGUAACCAAAUAUAGUUAUCGUGGGCUGUGUAAAUGGUUCUAUGCUUUUUUUGCAGGUAAAUUCAUUAACACUUCCAUUGUUUAACACCUCUCUAAUGUGAAAUGCAAACAGCACCCAUGGUUUAAUGUUCUUUUACAGGUAAUAUACCACAUCAUCAGUCUGAAAUGGGUAAUGGUAAAGUCAUGAAAGAAUGAUACAUAUCCACACAUUGUUGAAUGCUCCAGCAGUUUACGACGUGUCAUUUCUACAUGACCUUUCCAAUAUCGGCACCUAUUCUUGUUGUGUUUGAUACCAGAUCAGUAAUGCGGCCACGCUGCAGAAGACAGUGGAGUACAUUGGGAAGCUGCAGCAGGAGAGGCAGCAGAUGCAGGAGGAGACUAAAAGGCUACGGGAGGAGAUUGAGGAGGUCAAUGCCUCCAUAAAGUAUGUACUUCCUCACUGUUAUCUGUUAUCUCUCUCCUCUGAGUAGACGAGUUCAGUAAACUGUAUACUGGUACACAGCCUUAUGUGAUGAUACUAUGUGUGUGUUUACAUGACAUAGUAAUCUGAUCUGUGUGUUAUUGCUGUGCCACAGUGUUUGUCAGGAGCAGCUGCCUGCUACGGGAGUGCCCAUCACACGCCACCGCUUCGACCACAUGCGGGAGAAGUUUGAUGAGUACGUGAAGAGCCGCACACUUCAGAACUGGAAGUUUUGGAUCGUAUCCUUUUUUUUACCCUUAUCACUGACAUUUAACAUGACUUUGUCAUAA